AUGACGAGCAACCGAACCGAUACCGGCGAGGCCGAUGCCCACAAGGACACCUCGAGUGACAUACAGGGGGAGGCACAGACGCAGCAGCCACUCAAGGGCGGGAGACUUGAUGAAUCUAUCUGGGAGGACGAGUCUGACCCGAGACUCGCCCUCAGCAGGGUGACCCCAGCAGACAGGAGCAGACCCAACGACCCGGCAAGGGAGACAGGUGGAAGCAAAUCUACUCCCUCAAACAGGCCCCGGAACCGCAGAACGCACAAAAGCGCGACAACCCGCCGACAUAACACCCAGGUGGGGCAACCGUCACCAAGAAACAAACGUGAGCAACAGCCGAGAAAAAGCUGGUGCCCAAAGACCGUCCGCAAGGCCUGUCCCCGGUCCGAACAAUGCCAAGGGAAGCAACUACCGCGAGCCUUGAAAAACCGCCUCGGGGCAGGCACAGAGGCGGAGAAAAGCCAGCAAAAAAUGGGAAAUAGUGAAAAUGGAGCAAGUGAGAGCGAAGUGAAUAAAUUAGUCGUAAAGAUAAAGAAGUACGAGGCAGUCGGAAUAGAACAGCAAGCGAUAUCCACGCACCAGCGGCAUGGGGGAGGCAUGACCCCGUGCGGAUACCACCCGCUGACUCCGCCCCCCCAGCCGCAGCCGCCCACCAUCCACCCCAGCCGCCACCCUCACCGCCGCACCCAGCUCCAUGCCCCACCGCCCCCGCCCGACCCCCAUGCCACCACCAACAACCCUGCCAGCCAACCACCCACGACCCGCCAGCACGUCGCCCGCCACCUCCCCACCCAUGCAGCCGCUACCACCGCCACCCCGCAGCCCCGACCAGCCUACCGACCAGCCCGCCCACCCAGCCCCACCCUAGCCAAUGCCCGCCCACCAAGCCCCCUACCAUCCACCCGAUCAGCCGCCCGACCAGGCACCCGACCACCGACCCUCAGCCAGCCUCUCCCGAUCCAGCCGACCCUCCGACAGCCUCCGACCAGCCACCCAGUCAGCCUGGCCCACCAGCCCACCCGAGCAAGCCGUCCCGACCAGCCCCUCUCCCACCCCAUGCCACCCGAUGCACCGCCCCACCAGCCGACCCGUAGCAGCCCGCCCGACCACGACCCGUGGGCAGCCCGGCGCGGGCGCCUAGCCGACGCGACCAGCUACCCCCUACCCCAAGCGACCCGUCUCCAGCAGCCGCCCGACACGCCCUCGGCUCUCUCCUAUCCAGCCCGACCGCACCCUCCGAUGCCCCACUCCUCCUCUCCCCCAGUACCUGCCCCGACCAUGCCCACCCUGACCCCAUCCUCCUUCUCGCGCACCAUGCCACUCCCCACCCGCCGGCCCGACCAUGCCCGACCCCUCAUGCUUCACGCCCACGCCCCAUCCUCCCACCAUCCAGUCCUAACCCCGACCACCGUCCCGACCAGCCACCCUAGCAGCCCUGCCCUACCAGCCCCACCCGAGCACCGCCCGACCACCGACCCGGCAGCCUCCCUUCCAGCCGACGCACCAGCCACCCAGCCACUGUGCCUACCAGCUUACCCUGACCAGCCUGCUCCCGUACCACGCCACCCGACCAGCGUUCGCCACCAGCUCGACCCUGUCAGCCCCCCGCCACCACGCUACCAUCCUAGCCGCCAUCCUACACGGCCCCACCACCGGACCAGCCACCCGGCAGCCGUGCGAGCCAGCACCCGACCCAUGCGCCCCCACCAGCUGACCCCCAGCCGAACCACCAGCCCACCCGCCAGCCUACCCUGCCCCCAAGACCCAACCAGCACCGGCAAUCCGCCUCGGCGCAGCCGACCCUCCCCCCCCCAAAAGGAGCAGUAG